AUGAAGAGAAUUAUACAAUGCUUCCGCCACCCAGCAACCAACAGAAGCAGAACCCCAAAACAAGAAGACGACGAUGAAGAGGAAGAGCAUGAUCAGAGACCCUACAUUCUGCAAUUGUCAGACCACAUAAUACUGGAGAUUUUCUGCAAAAUCCCAACAAAAACUCUCAUCCAAUGCAAGCGUGUGUGCAAGUCUUGGCGGCGUUGUCUCUCAGACCCUGAAUUCACCAGAGAACUAUUUUCACGAACACCCGCUUGCCUCUUGGUUACUGGCUUCCGCUGGCAGUGGGGCCACUUCUUGGUCGACCUCGACGGGACCUGGAACCCAAACGUCGUCGCCUUGAAGCUUUCCAGUGAAAUAAGUCUCCGAACUAGAACUACCAUGGUAGGCUCGUGCAAUGGCUUCCUCUGUCACUACUCGAGACAUCAUCUUCACAUAUUCAAUCCCGUUACUGGUGAGCUUUUACCUCUUCCAACACCUUCAGAGCUUGGUACACUUGGAGACUGUUAUGGUUUUGGGUUCGGUCCCGUCAGUCGUGUUUAUAAACUAGUUCGGAUAGUGCCUAAACAAGUAAUGGUUUUGACUGUUGGCUCUGGGAUUUGGAGAAACAUUGGGCACCCUGCCUACUCUUUUAGUGGCAUAACUCCUUGUCAUGGGAUUUAUCACAAAGGUUUUCUUCAUUGGAUUGGUCGCACUUGUGGGGACAGCUCUCGGCGUUUGGUAUGUGCCUUUCACGUUGAAACAGAGCAGUUCCAAGAGUUACCACUACCGCCUCCUUUUUAUGAUCUGGAUAAAACUUAUUUUAAGCUCGGAGUAUUAAAUGGUUGGCUCUCUGUAAUUCUUAACUUGAAUGGCGAUAUCAGUGUUUGGGUGAUGAAGGAAUCUUGGACUAAAGAGCAUGAGUUUAAAGACCCAGUUGGUUCUUUUGGCACUUCAAUAUUGAAAUUUACUGAGGAAGGGCAAGUCUUGGGGUUAAAUUAUGAUGAUCAUUCAAUGCAGGCUUACACUCUCGCAAGAACUGGCCUUGUGAGGGUUGAGGUUGAUGGACUACCUUUAACGAUUUCGGAGGCAUGGGACCUUGUUCUGAGCUUUGUUUCGCUUGAGGAUAGAUCACCAUAG